AUGUUCUUGACGCCUCAGCCCAGGGUCAACCUUCUGAGGUGGUGCAGUCUUCUUUUCGUCUUUCUUGUCAGCUCCAUCUUUCUUGCCAGCUGUUUGAGGAGUCUCUGGUACGAUCCUGUCAUUCUUAGACUUCUUGUCCCUCUAGUCGUCCAUGUAAUCACUGACCGUCGCUGCGUUGAUAUUCGCUGGUCCCAUUGUUAUGAAUUUGGAUGGUAGUUGCGGUGGAAGUAGCGUG